UUAAUGAAAAAUAUUAAUAAUAAAACAAGUUUUGAAAACUAUGCCGACUAUUUGCUGCGUGUUUGGAUGUGCUUCGAGAUUCUCAAAGGAAAAUCCUAUAUCCUUCCACAGAUUUCCAAAGGAAGCAAAGUUUUUAUCCAAAUGGAUAACUUUACUAAAAAUUGGAGCAAAAUUGAAGUGGUCGUCGGCAAAAGUAUGCCAGCUACAUUUCUCUUCGCUACAGUACGACAAUAUCGAGACACGACGAUUGAAGUGGAACGCAGUUCCAGAUCGUAACCAUCCCAAACGCCCUUCUAAGCACUUCCACAUCUCCAACUUACCAGUGAAACGAAAGCUUAAACCACUGGUAUUAACAGAAUAUAUUUAUGAUCCCCUUACGAAAGUGUGUCGCUAUCAGCUGGAAGACACGCUACAAAACGACAAUGCGAUCGCUGUUCCUGCAUUCGAGGCGCAACAUCAUCAUAAGAAUAACUCGUUGAUUGUUGAUAAUUCUGUUGUGGUCGGCGAUAGAAUUUAUUCAUCGAAGAGUUCGAAGGACCAGCAUAUGGUAGAAGGCAUAGGAAUGCAGUUAAAUUGUCAAGCAAUUGUGUACUUGACGUAUUUUGAGGACCUUGGUCGAGAAGAGGAAAUAGAGUUGGCAUCGAUUGAUGAAGAAUGGAUUGACACAAUGAUCGACGAAUCGCCGGAAAUCAACGAGAAUCUAUUGCGCCUAGGAGGAAUUUUGGCAGUUGAUGGCCUCACUGAGAAAAAAUUGACAUACUUAUGUGGACUGAGUAAAAGGCAGUUCGAUGUGAUUUACAAUUUGUGUAUUUUUCGCCAAACGGACUGGCCAUACUAUAGCAUCCCGCUAAAGGAACAAUUGCUAUUGACCCUAAUAAAAUACCGGCACAAUUGGGAAUACACAAUGAUUGCCAUAUUCUUCAAAAUAAGGGAAGGAACCGCGAAAGAUAUAUUCAUUUCCUGGACCAAGCUGCUACACAAUCGCCUAGAAUCUAUUGAUUUUUGGAAUCUUGGGUCACGUAAGGAUGGAGAAUAUGUUGCAAUUUUGGACUGUACAGAAAUAGGAAUUGAAAAACCAACAGCACCAGAUCUCCAACAAGCAACUUUUUCCAAAUAUAAAAAUACAAAUACUUUCAAAGCACUUGUUGCGAUUGACGAACAAGGAGUCGUACUUUUUGUAAGCGAUAUCUACGGUGGCUGUGUUUCGGAUAACCGAAUUGUUGAAACCUCUGGAAUACUAGAUCUACUGUCGGCAGGGGACUAUAUUCUGGCAGACAGAGGGUUUGAACAAACUGAUGCGCUCUCAGCAAAAGGAAUAAUUUUGAACAAGCCACCCCGAAAGCAAGGAUCUCAACUGACAGAGCAAGAUGUUGCUAAAACUCGUGUCAUUGCCUCACGUCGCAUAGAUGUUGAGAGAGUGAUUGGAUAUGCCAAAACAUAUAGAAUUCUUAAACAAAAAGUGAAAAAUUCCCUUUUUCCCGUCAUGGAUAUGAUAAUUAAAAUUCUAUUCAAGCUGACCAAUAUAAGACGUCCGAUUUGUAAAAUAAAUAAUGACAAAGAUAAAUCGUGUUUGGAAGAACAUUUGACAGUUUAAAAAAACAAUUUUUCGGUAAAAAUUACAUUACAUUACUUUUUGUGCGAAUAAACAAAUACAAUAUAAACAAGUACAAUAAAAACCAAUCUCAUUUCAUUUACAGCCUGCUAGUUUCAAUUAUACAUCCACUUUUACGUCUUAUCUAACAUAAAAUCUCAUCUUCGGAUUCGUGCUCUGAUCCAGGAUCACUUUGUGCAGCUGGUUGUCCUCUAUUUUGAUGAAAAGCGUAGGAAUGUUCUUCAUAGUAGUUGUCCAUGCAUACCACAUUCCGACGGCGAUGGACAGCCAUGUGCAAUCCAGCGUUCAACGUUGAUUUUAAAAAAUAAUCGGUAAUAUCUUUAGACGAAACAUCGUUCAAUUUGAAUUUGUUUUUGUAUCGAUCUGGAUAUAACUCUUUGAUUGGUUUAUAAGAAGAUGAUUUAUCCGCAUUUUUCGGUGGACGAUGCCAUUUUUGCAAGACAUCUGUGCAAGUAACACUUUGUAAAAUCGUUCCUGAGAAAAAUAAUAAUUAAUAUAUACAAUAUUUGAUUCUCUCAAAAGAGUUUUGGAGUAAUUUACGUGUUCAAAUUAUAUCUUUGUCUAAUGUAAUGAAGAAAGCCGAAUUACAUGGCUCACCUAUUCAAUCGAUUCGACUCGGAUUUCCGAAUAAUAACUUUAUGACCAUAUUGAGCAGGAAAAAUAAAAAUUGAAAUGUCCUAAUAAUUUCCCUAAAAUGUCUUCCUUAAGUUUAAAUUUAAAGGUUCUACAUGAAUAACUAUGAGGUAACCACAAUGCUUUUGAGUUGUAAUAGCUCUAAAUAUCAUACAAAUUUUGAAAUGUCCAUCCCAGCCCAGUGUGAUGCAUUACGCUCUAGCACCGCCAAUCUGUUGAAUUACAAACCAAACGGGCCUUUAUAAGCAUUAUUACCUGAAUAACUUUGUGAAAGAAACUCCUUAAUCUCACAGAUUCUUAGAAAUCUGAACCUGAACAGUCAUUCCUUAUGUACUAGUGUCACCAAGCU